CUCCAGGAAAGUUACUAAACCAUUCUAAGCCUUAAUUUCUUCAUCUGUAAAAUGGGACUAAUAAUAGCUCCUACAUCGCAGGAUUGUUGUGAGACUAACAUGAGAAAAUUCAUGUAAAGCCCUUUAUGAACUUUAAAGCACUACACAGGGGAUCCCCAAAGUCUUAGUGCAGUAAGGCUUCUGGGUGGAAUAGUACUGAGGGCUGAACUCAGAAUUAUGGAGAAGAGUUAAAAUCCUGCCUCAGGCACUUAUUAAACGGGCAUCUCCUGACCAAGAUUCUCUUAGCCUCAGUAUUCUCAUCUAUAAAAUGGAGAUAAUAGUAGCUCCUACACACAGGGUUGAUGUAUGGAUCAAAUUCAAUAGCAUAAAGUGCUUCAUAAACUUUGAAGUUCAAUGUCAAUUUCAGUUAUAAUCUCCAUUUCAUAGAUGGGAAAACUGAGAUUUAGAUGUGUUUGGUCAUUUCAGUCAUUUCUGAUUCUUUGUGACCCCAUUUGGAAUUUUCUUGGCAAAGAUACAGGAAUGGCUUGCCAUUUCCUUCUCCAGCUCAUUUAUCAGAUGAGGAAACUGAGGCAAACAAGUUUAACUGACUUGCCCAGGAUCACUCAACUAGUAAGUAUCUGGAGCUGGAUUUGAAGUCAAAUCUUCCUGACUCCAGGCCUAGUGCUCUAUCUACUGGGCCAUCAGUAUUCAAAUCCAAGUCCUUUUUGACUCCAAGUCAAGAAUUCUUUCCAUUUCACUUUGACCUCAAUGAAAAGAACAAACAGCCUAGCCCAGGGCACACUAGGUUGGGGGAAGGAAAUGCUUUGAACCUAGUCAGUCCCUUCUUUCUCCAUUCCCCUUCCUACAUAUUCAGAUCAUGAGUUCUCUGUUCACAGGUAUCCUGACCUUGGCCUUCCUACUGACCAUUACCAAUUGCCAUGGCUACUCUAAGUCUCUUGCCAAGUGCUUCGAGGAUCCUGAGUAUGAAGCCGUUCUGAAAAUUGCCCAGGAGGGGCUUGGAACCUCUGCCAUUCGGAAACAUAUCGUGGUGGUGGGAGCUGGGAUGUCUGGGUUGAUAGCAGCCAAGACCCUGCAAGAGGCUGGACACCGGGUGACAGUUUUGGAAACCAGAGACAAAAUUGGGGGAAGAGUGGCAACAUUCCGGAGCCCAGAUCGGAACUGGUACAUUGAAUUGGGUCCUAUGAGGUUGCCAGCCACCCACAGGCUGGUCCGACACUAUGUGAAGAAAAUGGGUCUAAAAAUGAACACCUUUAUCCAGGCUAGUAAAAAUACCUGGUAUUACAUCAAUGGUCGUCGGCAUAGGACCUCAGAUGUAUUGGCCAACCCCAACAUUCUGGGCUAUUCUGUGAGCCCUAAGGAGUCAGGCAAGAUGCCCAGUGAACUCUUCCAAGAGGCAAUAUCUAAGAUAGUGGACGAGCUGCAGCACACCAAUUGUAGCUACAUACUGUCUAAGUAUGACACCUUCUCCACCAAGGCCUACCUGAUAAAGGAGGGGAAGCUGAGCAAGGGAGCUGUCCAGAUGAUUGGGGAUAUCAUGAACGAAGAUGCUGGCUACUACAAAUCUCUCCUGGAGUCUCUGAGGAGUGAUGAAAUCUUCUCUCAUCCAGACAGCUUUGAUGAAAUCACUGGAGGCUUUGAUCAGCUUCCCAAAGCCCUGUACAACUCCUUGAAGUCUGGCACUGUCCGAUUCCGUUCCACAGUGGAGAAGUUAGAGAGGGAUGGGGAUAAGAUCAGAAUUACCUAUCGGACAGAAAGACCCCACUCAGUCCCAGUCACCAUUACAGCAGACUUUGCCAUCAUCUCACCAACAGCCAAAGCUACACGCCUUAUCCAGUUUGAACCCCCACUUUCCCUGGCCAAGCAAGAUGCCCUCCGCUCCAUCCACUACACCAGUGCCACCAAGGUGGCCCUUGUCUGCAAGGAGCCCUUCUGGGAACAAGAUAACAUCAAAGGUGGGGCAACCAUCACAGAUUUGCCCACAAGAUUUGUCUACUACCCCAGUCAUGAUUUCCCUGGCAACAUAGGUGUCCUUUUGGCCUCCUAUACCGUGGGUGAUGACUCCACCUUUUUUGCUGGCAUGAAACAUGAGAAGGUGGUGGACCUGGUGCUGGGUGACUUGGCAACUAUCCACCAGAGACCUAAGAAGGAGCUGCAGAAACUGUGCCAGACAUCCGUGGUAAAACGUUGGACCCUGGACCCAUUCACCCUAGGUGCAUUUGCAGAGACCACCCCUUACCAGUUUGUUGACUAUUCAAGGCCCCUCUUUGAGCCUGAGGGUAAAAUUCACUUUGCUGGUGAGCAUACUUGCCAGCCACAUGGCUGGAUUGAUACAGCCAUCAAAUCUGGGCUCCGGGCAUCCAAGAACAUACAGAAAGCCAUUGAUGCUCUAUCUGAAGCUCACAAUGAUACUGAUCUUUUCCAUGGUGUUGUUGAUGACUAUGAUGCCAAGGAUAGCUAUGACUCUAACGUGGCUUUGGAUGAGGGAUCAUUUUUAUUUCUGGAAAGCAAAGGAAAACCACAAGAGGUCUGCUCAUCAAAGAGCAGUCAUUAAGAGAAGAGAAGGAGGUAGAAAAGAGGUGGGAAGCAGGCAAGAUAGAAUUCAUUAAUAUAGCCUAGGGACUGGCAUAUAAAGGAAAUGAAUCCAGUGAACUCUUAUUUAUAGAGUAACUAUUAUGGGCAAUAUUGGAUGCUAAGAAAUUAAGCGGUAAAGUCUAAUCAAAGAAUCAGAAUAAUUGAAAGGAACUUCAGAAUCUGUCUGUGACCCGAAUCUCAUCAACAAAUUCUUGAUUCCUCCACGAGGAGAGAGGGCUUGGCCUCUCAUUGCUAGCCUCUGUGCACUGGGUUCAAGGGCGGGGCAGAGCAAAAGCUUGACCCUGCCAUAAUUUAAGGCUAAAAGAUCUGGGUGUAAGAAGUAGGUGAAUCGGAGUGAACAGAAUGGUCCUAGUGGUCCUAAAAGUAAAUGUUUGAAAUGUGGCUGCUACACCAGGUCUAUAGCUUGGGGACAAACAUCUUUCCUAAUUCAUGUUCUGCCUAACAGAUGUAGGCUGAACACUACACGGGUGCUUAUUUGGGUGACUUCAUGGCAGAGAAACAAGGGUAAGAGAUGGUAAGAGUUCUUUGCCCAGGGGAAACAACCAUAGGCAUGGGAUUUGAGUAUAUCUGGCCAUUCACUUCACCAAAUAAACAAGAAAAAAAUCUACUAUUUUGUUAAAUAGCAAAUAUAUUAAAUUAAAAAAUAUAUUUUCUGGAAACUGAAUAAAUAAUAUUUCUUGCAUAUAUGUGCAAUGUUAUUUUU